AUGACCCAAAGUGGUACAUUAAAGAAUCUGUACAUUGCACGAUUAACGACGCAGGAUCGACCGUGUUUUGUAUGCAGCAAAUUCACGGCGGUAGUGCUAACGUCGGCGGAUAACAGCAACACCGACUGGUUCUAUACAUGCCGAACGCAUUUGGCCGACAGCAACUUUUGCACCAAAGUAGGCUCCAGUCCCCGCUUGUCGACAAAGGGUACGGCGCAAGGCAAGAAGGAGCCGUACAAAGACCGCGAGCCGGAAAGCGACAGUGUCAUGGACCUGGUCUCCAGUAUUGGUUCGGCUUGGAAGUCAUGGCGAACUAAAAAACCAGAUGACGACAAAGACAAGGACAAAAAAGAGAAAGAAGCCAAAGACGACUCAGGAAAAGAGACUGACAAGAGUGAAAGCAAACGAGAAAAGUCCCAAGACCCACCGGAAACCGGGGCGAGUUCACCAACGAGUGAAUCCGGCGCUUUGACCCCUUCCAAACCUACCGAACCACCCAAAUUCGUCCUUCACCGUGAUUACUUUUACCUGCGCCAACGAGAACACAUGAAGAAACAACAGAAACGUGAAGCCUCCGAUAAACUCAAGAACCUCCAGUUUCCAGAAGUACCGAAAACACCCCCGAUAUCCAAAGCGAAAGAAUAA